ACUCCCGCGGUACCAAGCACGACUUUGGUGAUAAAAAAAAAACCACCGUUGUUUCAUGUGAACGAAUGAUAAGUAUUAUUUUCACAAUUAUCUUGAUUCUAUCUCGCGCGUGAACCGAACGAGUUUAACUGAAACUACGGCGUGCUUCCGGCGAGUGAUUUCGAUGUGAAAUUUGUGCAGUGUUUGUACCCAAAACGAGAGAAAAUGGCCAUCCAGUUGUGAUGAACGCCAGUACUCUGAAACGGGCGAUUGCAGUUCUAGGGAAGUUCCUCCCGCCCGAAGAAAUGGCAGAGUAUAUGGAAGAACUGAUGCAGUUGAACAAACCAAAAGUGAAAUGGGAUUUUAAUUUAUCUGAGGCUUUGACAGCGUACAUGGAGUCAGUGGAAGGACGCACAUUGAACUACAGUGAAACAGCCCUUAUUAUUCAGAAUUCAGCACACGUUUUCGAGACAAGGGUAGAAAAAUUGUAUCAGGACACGUGUGGAUUGAGAAAGACACUCGAUGAGCAUGAAGCUGAGCACGAAGCAGCAAAAGCAUCAAAACCGCGUCAGCGAUCCCACCGAAAAGUCCUGGACCUCGACAAGAUUGAGCGUUUCGACUAUUCCAAGGAAACCACCAAGAACUGUUUCCUCAAACAUAAAAAAUCUCAAAAGAAGAUCAAACUGCUCAGCCAGAGGUACCCCCAACUGGAGAACACGUGCAGGCACAAGUUCUCCCUGAACGUCAUGGACACUCAGGGUGAGAAGAUGGGAAAGAAAUACGACUUUCGUUGCAACCAACAGUUGACAUCAUCCCUCAUGCUGGUGGACGAGCUGAGCCCAGACGAUCUCCACGAGCCCCCAAGAGGCCUCCCAGAAUCAUCAUUUCAUCACGACUCCAUCCCCAGUUGCUCAACCCCAUAUCCACCAUCUCCAGGUCCUUCGAGCCUUCCUUCCCACCCUCAGGAAGAUCCACCGCCGAAUCCCCCCGUCUUACCCUCCACCUCCCCCCCAAGAUCCUCAUCCUCCCCCACCCCAUCACAAGCUCAACUAGACCCCCAGGACACGUCGGACUUCGACACCAACGACUUCUGCGACCCUCACGACACAGAACCCCUGGAUCAAACCGAGGAAUCGGGCUACUGUACCUUCACAGACAUCUCCACCUCUGGAACCCUCAGCUCAACCCAAAGAUCAACGGAAAUUCACGAAAAUUCGCCCUCAGAAGUUCCCCCAUCCCCACCAGCAAUCGCUCCAGAUCGAGUGGGACUCGAGACCCCCCCAGAGAACCCCUCCCCAAUUCCCCCGACCCCAAUUUCCUCCCAACUCCCUGAACCUUCUCAAGAAGACUCCACCUCUCUCCAACGAAAGAGGAAUCGAGAGUCAGUGGAAACAGACGCUGGAUACACGUCUGGAGGACCUGACGAAAUUCCAAAAUCCCCCGAUCCCACCAGGCGCAGCAAAAGAAUUAAAGAAUCUGUUAUGAGUGAGUUGAAUGAAAAUUCGUAUCAAGCUAUUCCGUUUCAAGGUCCAAUUCCUGAGAAGUCAGUGAAGAGGAGGGCGACGUUCAAAUUACCCUGUGAUCCAUCUCUCUUACGAACUGAGAGACCCAGGAAGAGGAAGAGUGACGGUGCAGCUGGGAAGGACCAGAGACUGAAGAAGCAUCUGAUGAGUGAAACUCAGAAGAAAAGUAAAAUGCUCAAGUGUUCUCCAUUCAGGUCUCUGUGCGAUCAUUACAGAGAAGCGCACCAAGAGGGCCAGAGGAUUGUUGAGGAGAGCUUGAAAAUGCUCAAUGUCUCGCAGUUUGAGGCUGUUUUUGGGGAGAAUGACGACUUGAAGGGUUUCUCUCUGAGGGGUAAGACUGGUGAUUUGAGCUCUAACACGUGUUUAGGCAAGUCUGGAGCCGCUGGAGACGGCAAGGAGGAGAUGACUUUGAAGCUGGGGACCGGAGUGGUUGAUCAUCGGUUGCAGGAGCUGCAGGAAACCUCUUGCUCGUACACUCCACCCCAUUCUCCUGAGUUUUCUGGAGGGUUUGGCAUUGGUGGAGAGGAUGAACAUGAGGAAGAGGAGGAUUUGGUUGAGACUGAGAGCUCGAGUCUGACUCAUCAGCAGAAGAUUGAGAGGAGGAUGAAGGAGCUUCAGAAGGAGUUCGAUGUCAAGCAUGACAGGGAGGAGGAGACUGCCAGGUGGUUCGAUAUGAUGGAGACACUCAGGGCUGCGGAGAGGAGGCCUGUGUUCGAUGUCAGGGAGUAUGAGGAGAAAAUUGUGAGGGGACUUACGGACGAGUCUGGGAACAGGUUGGGGUUCCAGGAGCUUGCCUGGAGGGAAGAGCCGGAGGAUAUCGCUAGGCUAUUUGUGGCUUCUCUCCAUUUGGCGAAUACUUACACCGUAGAUAUUACCACAAGUGAGGAUACAUCCAACGUUCAUCUGAGCUUGUUGAAACUAGAUGAAUCCCACCCGAGUUAAAGAUCACACUUAUCACCUGUUUCAUCACAUUUUAAAGCUUUGUUUGUACUAUUACGCUUUUCUCACUCUUGAUAUUGACUAAAAUACCGGUAAUUCAGCUUUGUCAGAAGCGCGUGAUGUCCAAUUGACGAAUAAUUGCUUGAAAGUUCAAAGAAUAAUCACUUGUCAUCAUAAUACAUGAUAAGUAUUAAGAGACCACCGAAAGUGUUCCUUCGACACUAUGAAAAGAAAUCAUUUUACUUUUUAGAGAUUGACUUUUUCUACUGAUAAUUAUCGUUAUUUUAAAGUCAACUAUUUAUUUUCCAAUGAAAGUUGAUACGAAGGGUUGCUAUUGUUAAAUAAAUUCGAUUGGCAAUAUCAUUAGGGUAAUACAUUGUUCACAUAUAGCUGUUAGGAAUUUGUACAUAUGUUAAAUUACAUUGUUAAAGCAUACUUUCAUAAUUUAUGAAUUUAUCUGAAAAUUGUACGUUGAAUGUGAACUGUCAUUCUGUCAUUUUCAGGGAAAAUAUUUUUGUACUUCUGGGAAACACAAAGACAAAUAUUUAAUUGAUUGUACCGAGUGCAAAGAAUCCUGGGAAAAGAUGAUUCGUUGGAAUUUAAUCAUUGAGAAUUCGAAAUUUGUGUAACAUUCCACAGAAUAAAUGAAUUGCCGCCUUGA